AUGGCUAAAAAGGUAGAAGUUUCACAUAACAAAAAGAAGAGAUCUGCUGAAGAGAGUUCUAAAACAGAUGCCUUGAAAGAUGAAGAAUUUUUGGUCGAUGGAUUGUUAGAUAUUGAGGCAAGUGACAGUGAAAACGAUGACGAUGACGAUGAAUUUGAAUCUGCUGCAGAAAAUGAAGAAGAAACUCAUAAAUUUAUGGAAGGAAAAGAAGAUGAAGAAGAAGAGGAUUCAGAUUCAGAAUUCAAUAAAUUGUUAGCUGAAGAAGAUGACGCUAAUAGUGAGGAUUAUAAUUCAUCAGACUUUUCUGAUAAUUCAGAAUCUUCGUCUUUGUUGAAAGAUAAUCUUUCUGGUUCUACUUUACAUAGUAUUGCUGAUACAAAUAUCUAUACAAAAUACUCAGAUGGAAGAGAAAGAAUAAUCAGACCUGAAAUAAAUCCAGUUUAUGAUAGUGAUGAUAGUGAUGUGGAAACUAAAAAUACUAUAGGUAACAUUCCAUUAUCAGCUUAUGAUGAAAUGCCUCAUAUUGGUUAUGAUAUUAAUGGUAAGAGAAUUAUGAGACCAGCAAAGGGUUCUGCCUUAGAUCAAUUAUUAGAUUCGAUUGAAUUACCAGAAGGUUGGACUGGUUUACUAGAUCAAAAUUCUGGUUCUAGUUUGAACUUAACUGAAGAAGAAUUAGAAUUAAUUUCAAAGAUUCAAAAGAAUGAACAAACUGAUGAAAGUAUUAAUCCAUAUGAACCAUUAGUUGAUUGGUUUACUAGACACGAAGAAGUUAUGCCUUUAACUGCUAUUCCUGAACCUAAGAGAAGGUUUGUUCCAUCAAAGAAUGAAGCUAAAAGGGUUAUGAAAAUUGUCAAAGCUAUUAGAGAAGGUAGAAUUAUUCCUCCUAAGAAGUUAAAGGAAAUGAGAGCAAAAGAAAAUAAUGAAGAAUUUCAAUAUGAUUUAUGGGGUGAUGCACCAGAAAUGGAAGAUCAUGUCAUGACAUUAAGAGCUCCUAAACUUCCUCCACCAACUAAUGAUGAAAGUUAUAAUCCUCCAGAAGAAUACUUACUGUCACCUGAAGAAAAGGAGGACUGGGAAAAUACUGAACAUAGUGAAAGAGAAAGAAAUUUUGUGCCUCAAAAAUACAAUGCUUUAAGAAAAGUCCCAGGUUACACAGAAUCUGUUCGUGAAAGAUUCGAGAGAUCUUUGGAUUUGUACUUAGCUCCCCGUGUUCGUAAGAAUAAAUUAAAUAUUGAUCCAGACUCAUUAAUUCCAGAAUUACCUUCUCCUAAGGAUUUAAGACCUUUCCCAAUUCACUGUUCAACCGUUUAUUCUGGUCAUAAAGGAAAAAUACGUGCUAUUUCUAUUGAUCCAAGUGGGUUAUGGUUGGCCACUGGUUCUGAUGAUGGGACUGUCAGAAUCUGGGAAAUUUUAACUGGUAGAGAAAUGUAUAAAGUUACUCUAAUUAAUUCGGAUAAUACAGAUGAUCAUAUUGAAAGUUUAGAAUGGAAUCCAGAUGCUUCUACUGGUAUUUUAGCUGUAGCUGCUGGGGAAAAUAUCUAUUUAAUUGUCCCUCCAAUUUUUGGAUUUGAUAUUGAAAAUGUUGGUAAGACAAAGAUCGAAUAUGGUUUUGGUUUUGAUACAUUUGGCACAGUAAAUAAAUCUAAUCUUGCUGUUAAUGGUGAUAGCGAUGAUGAUGCAGAAAAUGAAGCAACUACUGGAGUCAAGAAACAGAUUGCCCAAUGGAAUAAACCAUCAGAAAGUCAAGUAGAAAAAGAUAUCUGCAUUGUAAUUACAUGUAAAAAGACUGUUAAAAAGGUUUCUUGGCAUAGAAAAGGUGAUUAUUUCGUUUCUGUCCAGCCAGAUGCAGGUAAUACCUCAGUUUUAAUUCAUCAAGUCUCAAAACAUUUAACUCAAUCUCCGUUUAAGAAAUCAAAAGGUAUCGUUAUGGAUGCAAAGUUUCACCCAUUUAAACCUCAAUUAUUCGUAUGUUCUCAAAGAUAUAUUAGAAUUUACGAUUUAUCACAACAAAUAUUGGUCAAGAAAUUAUUGCCUGGUGCACGUUGGUUAUCGAAGAUAGAUAUCCACCCAAGAGGGGAUAAUGUCAUUGCAUCAUCAUUCGACAAAAGAGUACUGUGGCACGAUUUGGAUCUUGCUAACACUCCAUAUAAAACUUUAAGAUAUCAUGAUAAAGCUGUUAGAACUGUCAACUUUCAUAAAAAGCUCCCAUUAUUUUCAUCUGCUGCAGAUGAUGGUACUAUUCAUAUCUUCCAUUCCACUGUAUAUGAUGACAUGAUGAAGAAUCCAUUAAUUGUUCCAUUAAAAAAAUUAACUGGUCAUAAGAUAGUGAAUAGUUUAGGUGCUCUUGAUGCUAUCUGGCAUCCAAGAGAAGCUUGGUUAUUCUCAGCUGGUGCUGACAACACAGCUCGCUUAUGGACUACCUAG